AUGAGGAUGAGCAAGGGUCGCCUUGGACCGCUUCCCAAAUUCACAGGCCCCGCAGACCCCAAAGGCGCCGGCGGGGGCAAAGACACCGACGGCGCCUCCAGCGACUCGGAUUGUAAGGAAAGCCCCGAGCAGACGCUUCGGAAAGACGCCUCGCCGCCUUUGCAACAGCAGCAGCAGCAGCUCUUGCAUCCCGAGGACCCCCCGCCGCCCCCUCCCUCCCAGUAUAGACCCCCUUCGACGGACCUGCACCCCGGCCUGCCUGCCAGCCACGCCACGUCGGUCAUCCACACGCCCCAAGCGCCUCCGCAGGCGGCCGGCCCGGGGGCUCUUUCCAAGCCCAAACUGUGGUCCCUGGCGGAGAUCGCCACCUCGGCGGACAAGGCCAAGGAAGGGGGCAGCGGCGAGACGCCCCCGCAGACUCCUUCGUGCUUAAACGGCCCGGCGGCGCAAUCCCCGACGGCGCGCUCGCCUUCCGCCGCCCCUUGUCCCUUCCCCAACGGCGCCGCCGCCUCGGUGCUCCCGCGGCCCCUCUACUACGCCACCAGCCCUUUUUACCCCGGCUACACGAACUACGCUUCCUUCGGACACCUGCACGGCAGCGCGGCCCAGGCGGGCGCCCCCAGCCCCCACUUUAACGGAUUAAACCAGACCCUUUUGAACAGAGCGGAGAGCUUGGCCAAAGACGCGAAGAUUCUCCGGAGUCAGAAUCAGUACGACUUUAGCAAAGAGUCGCCUUACGAACUCAAGAAAGGUAUGUCGCACAUUUAAAUCUCCGACUUAAGUUGAGCUCAGAAACGGGACUUGUGGAUUUGGGCCCGCCUUUGAUUCGGGGGAAGAGAAAGUUGUGUGUCCCGUUCCCCCCACCUCCUCCUCCUCCUCCGCCUCCGCAGCCUGUUCGGUAUUUUCUGGUAUUCUUUUUUUCUUUCUUUUUUCAUCGUGAGCGAUUUUUCCACGUUUCUUUCCCACCGAGCCCGUCUGGAUUGGGGUUUUUCCCCCCUCCCACCCGUUG